AUGGCUGACAUGUACUCUAUUAGUAUGUAUGUUCAGAUCAAGGGCUUUAUUAGUAUUGGUCAGAUCCAAGGGCCAACGCAGUGGCUUCGACUAAUAACGGGCAUCCCCGCGCCACAGGGAACUUUUGUUUACGAGCGCCCAAGGGUCAGCCAAAGGAGCGGCACGGAAGUUAGGUUCCGGAGCGAAUAA